AUGGCAACUUCAACAUAUACAACACCAAAAAACUCUUUAAAAUGUGUUGAAUGGAUGUGGCAGGCGAAUCCAAAUCCAUGGUCAAGUUCUGAGCCAGACAUAUGGAAUCAUUAUUCUGAUGUGGAAAAUUUAAUUAUUGAACGAGCAUAUUCAAAUGGAGAAGCACGAGCAGUAUUAGAUGAUUAUUACAUUGAUUUUCAAGCAAAUCGACAAAUAUCAAACACAGAUGAUUAUAAGCAAAGACCUGUCAAGCGAGUGGUGCGUAAUCGAGAAGAUAAACAUUUACGAGAAGAACGUUUCGUAGAUCUUCCUGUUAGUACAGAACGUUUCGUAGAUCUUCCUGUUAGUACAGAACAUUCAUUUGGUGGUGAAUAUGGUUGGGUAUCACCAUUUAUCAUAGAAGUUAGAAGAGAUUUAAAACUUGAACCAGAUGAAUUGCCAUCAAAAAAACCAGAGAUGAUACCACAGCUUGUUGAACAAGCUGCACAAGGUAUUAUUAAAGAAGGAAAAUAUAUUCGAAAAGAAGAAGAAGCUAAAGAAUUGGCAAAUAUGCUUCGAGAACAAAAAAACAAUGGAAUUGAACAAGUAUGGCAACGCUGUGCUUAUAUUUAUUCAUUAGAAAGUUUUCUUUAUAAAACAUUAAAUGCAACAAUGAGAUUAGUUGGAGACAAAGAACAUGAAUCUGUAUGGAGAAGUAAAAUUCGUACAUUAGGUCCUUUCUGUUUAUUACUUUGGGAUGAUCCUUGUAAUAAAAAAGCAAAAACCAAGAAAACACUUUAUCGAGGAGCAAAUCUAAAUCGUGAACAAAUUGCUAAAUAUGAAAAAAUGGCUAAAAAUAAUGAUGAAUAUGGAUCAUUUCAAGCAUUUACAUCAUGUAGUCGUAAUCGUCAAAAAGCAGAAGUAUUUGGUAACACAUUAUUUAUUAUGGAAGUAGUAAUUGCUUUUACUGCUGAUCUUGUUGGAUUAUCUGAAUAUCCUAAUGAAGAAGAAGAACUUAUUACACCAGGUGUUUCUUUUUGUGUUACAAAAGUUGAAUCUGAUCGAAAGAUAAAUAGGCAUUUAAUUUACUUGAAACUGCGACAACGAUUCUCAAGUAACUCUGUAAAUCAAUCACCAGCGCAUGGUGCACGUUCAUCUGUUUAUCCUGCGUUGGAUACGACUGCUACAAGCAAUUCGAACCCUUUCAAUGAUGAUGAUGAUGAUGGUGAUGAUGAUAAUGAUGCAUCACUAAAAGAAAAAUCGGCGAAUACUCGUUCAAAUUAUGGUGGAACAACCAAUAAUGGUGCUUAUCCAUCAUUAUCAACAUAUCCAAUUAAUGAUAAUAAAUCACCAUCAUAUCCAGCAGCGGCUAAUCCAUUUUUAGAUGACGAAGAUGUUGAUUCACCAUCAUCAUCUCAUCAACGUUCACAUCGAUCACCGACAUCAACAGGAGUUUCAUCAAAUGAUAAUAAUGCCGGUGUAUCUGUACGAGCUCUUUAUGAUUAUGAAGCACAAGAACCAGAUGAAUUAUCAUUUAAACAAGGUGAGGUAUUUACUAAAUUAGAAGAUGAAGAUGAUCAAGGUUGGUGUAAAGGACGUGUUGGCAAUCGUGUUGGUCUUUAUCCAGCUACUUAUGUUGAUGUCCUCUAA